AUGAACUAUAAUAAUACAUCUCAUCGUAGAGCUUAUUCAAAUAAUGAUAUUCAAUAAGUAAUAUGUGCUAGAAUUGCUGGUUUAGUUGAAGAUGAAUAUUAAUAAUAAAAACUUGAUCCAAAAAGAAUCAAUCUUGGAUCUACUUUGUUUCAAAUUCCAGAAUAAAAUGAUUUAAUAUCUUCUGUUGAAUAAACAACUGAAUCAUCAAAAUAGCAUUCAUAAAUGAUCAAAGAUUUGAAUUUAUCUAAUUUAAAACCUAAUUAAUAAUAGGACAAAGAAAAUUUCAAAAAUCUUAACUCUUGUUCAACCCUUAUUAAUUAAAUCCAAUAAAUAGUAAAGUCUGGAACAAAUAAUAAAGAAAUAUAAUCAAAAAAACCAUUAGUUUCUACAAAUGAAGCUAUAAGUAAAAAAUCUUCAAUUCAAACUUAAAUGAGUUUUACUAAAGAACUUUAAAAAAAAUAAGGAUCAAAUUAUUUGCAAUAUUAAUAAGGAUAAACUAUUAAAUAAAAUGUUACUCCUGACAGAAUUAGAGUUCCUUCUUAUAGCAAUAAACCAACUAAUCAAAAAUAAAAUAAUGAUUCAACUCCAAAAUAAAUAUCAGGGGCAGAUACUCUUAAAAGCAACUUUUCCAUUUCUAUCUUCAAUAAUUUAUUUAAAUAAGACUCAAAAAAAAAGAACUCUAACCCUGAUACUUGUGAUUCAUAAAGAAAUAUUGAAGUUAAAAUUAAAAAAAUUGAAAAAGAAAUUAACACAAUUAAAUAAAGAUAAGAUUAACUUGAUGAAGCUAAUCGAAAUAUCUAAGUUUAAUUAAAAGAAUUUAUUUUUGGAAACAAUUAAUAAUAAGAAGUAUUUUAAUUUAUAUAUAUUUUAUAUUAGCUUGGUUUUAAACAACUAAAAAAAAUAGAACAAUUAGAAUAAAUUACCAAAAGAAAUGAAGAAUCAAUAUUCUAAAUCAAAAAUUUUAUGAUCAAUAAUAAUGCUAAUUAAAAAAGAAAUGACUAAAAUAAUAUGAAUUAAGGGUAUAUUAUUUUGAUCAUUUAGAAACAUAUAAUAAUUCGAUAUCACUGAUUUACAAAAGAAAUUUGCUGACUUUAGACCCAUAAAUAAUAAAGUUUUUUGA